AUGUUAAAUCCUGAUCCUCGUAUUAAAGGGAGGCCCACCCCCAGCAGUGGGACAUUUAAAAGGGCUGAAUACAUAACUUUUGACAGUACAUCCAUUUUAUCGGAACAAAAAAUAUCCUGCACUGAUCUAGUGGCUAGCAAGUACGGCCGCGGAUCAGGAGGUCCUGUGUUCGAGUCCCGGGACGAACCAAGUUUAGUUAUUAGGUUUUCCUAUCAAGAAAUUCUCAGUAAGCAGUCCGAAAUUGGGAAGUUGGCGGUGUUUCAUGCCAUGCCCCGGAGAGCACGU